UAUUCUGUUUGAUAACGUAAAUAUGACCAUAAUAUAGUUAUAUUGGUCAACUCAACUUCAUGAAAGAAAGUGUAACUCAAAAUACAUUAACCUAAACAUGAGUUUCAUUUUGAAAGAAAUUCUAAAACUGAUACAGUACAUUCUGUUUAAUUUAUAUGAUAAAAUUUUGUAUCCUCACCCUAUAUAUUCUUAGUAUCUGUGCAUAUCAAAAUCCAUCCUAGCUUUUAAGCAUAACCGAAAUAAAAAGGACAAGGAAAAAAAAAGAUUAACCAAUAAGAUGGGAAGCAAAGCUGUUGUCUCAGUCUACUUAAUUAUUUCACUGUGUGCUGCCAUCUUUGUCACUCGUGGAGUAGCUCAAAUGCAAAAUCCUCAGGCGAUUCCAGGACUUUUUCCACCUGGCUUAGUACCUAUUGAUCUCGUCAAAUGUUGGUCGUCUCUCUUUACCGUCCAAGGAUGUGUCCUGGCAAUCUCCAACUCAUUUUUUUCUGGAAAAUUUGAAAACGUUGAAGCGGCAUGCUGCAAGGUGUUUUCAACUUUAGAUGCAAACUGUUGGCCUCAUAUGUUUCCUUUGAAUCCUUUCUUCCCUCCUCUCCUCAAGGACAAUUGUGCGCGUAUCAUCCCUAACUACCCUGCACACAACUGAAAGGAACAAUGAUUGUUCGUCUACAGUUUGGACUAGUAUAUUAGCUUCAAUUUCUAAGUUUUUCAUAUGUGAACUCAAUUAUUAGGAGAGCCCUAUAUUUACCUUUUCCUCAAUAAAGUGAAAUUUUAGCAAUAUCUACAACUCUUAUCAAUGUGUCUUGGUCAUAUUAUAGUUAUAUAAUUACAAAUACAUCAACGAAAAUGGGUUUCUUAUCUAUCCUCAGUUGGCUAACCAUGUAAAAUAAUAUAUCAGAAAUUAAAACUCACAAAAUACGAUUCGAACAAAGAUUGAAACAUCAAACAAAGUGCUUUCAGAUAAAUUGACGCAAAAGAGAUUUAGAAGACUCAAAACGUCGAAAAAUAUGUCUUAAUCGUCCUUUCUCGUCAGUUUAUGCAAGAGAAAGAAAAGAUAACACAUAACUCUAAAUUAAAGCUGUUAAUUUUAAAUGGUUUGAAUUUCAACCUAAGAUUUUCUGGUCAUAGAACCUUUAGAUAUUCAAAAAGAAAAAUCUGCUAACUAUAAAAAAGAUAAAAUAACACAUAAGGAGAAAAAGACAACCUUAAUUUUCAAUCUUACAUGUACAUAUAUAAACUAUGAGUUUUAUUACAAUAAUGAUAUUAAAGCGUGGGAAAAGGAUAAAUAAUAUCUUUUAUAGAAAUCACAAG